AUGCGAUACAGCGAGUUCGUCGCGUCGCGAGGGGUCGCCUCCCCCCCGAGGGCGUCCCCCACGGCGACGGCGGCGACGGACCACGCCGCCGCCGCGUCGUCCUCCUCCUCGGACGCGCUCCCGCCCUCCGUCGCCGCGCUCGUCCCGACGCUCAGCCUCGCGCGCAAGAAGGGCGCGUGCGGCGUCGUCGGCGUCCUCGGAGGAUGCGCCGAAUACGCGGGGGCCCCCUUCUUCGCGGCGAUGGCAGUGGGCGCGGACAUGACGCACGUCUUCUGCUCGCGCGGCGCCGCGCCGGUGAUCAAGUCGUACUCCCCCGAGCUCAUCGUCCACGGGCACCCGACGACCAUCGCCGCGGUCGCCGACGCGGAUGAGAUUCUCAGCUGGAUGCCGCGGCUGUCCUCGCUCGUUGUCGGGCCGGGGAUGGGACGCGAUCGAUCGAUGCAGCUGACCGCGAAGCUGGUCGUGUACCACGCGAUGAAGUCGAACCUCCCGAUCGUGUUCGACGCGGACGGGCUGUACAUGCUGACGAAGGAGCCCGAGCUCGUGAGGGGGUACUCGAGGGCGACGCUGACGCCAAACGUCAACGAGCUCAGGCGCGCGCUCGUCAGAUACGCGCCCGUUCCCGGCGACCCGGAGGCGUGGAGGAGGAAAGCCGCGCGCGCGCUCGCGGACGAGCUCGGCGUGACCGUCGUGAGCAAGGGCGCGACGGAUGAAAUUCGCUCCCGGUGCCCGGUCCUGACGCGGACGUGCGACGCGCCGGGGAUGCCGCGGCGGUGCGGCGGGCAGGGCGACGUCCUCGCCGGCGCCGUCGCGACGUUUUUGGCGUGGGCGGACUCAGACCCGGCCGCCGCGGAGACGGCGCUGCGGAGGUUGACGGACGAGGGGCCACCCGAGACCGGCGCGGGGGAGAGGUCGUGGCACGACGACGCGCGCGCGCGGAGGAGCGCGAGCGCGCGCGGCGACGAGGCGGCGUCGCCGAGGGAGAUGUGCGACGACGACGUGGGAGCGUUGAACGCGUUGUGCGCGCACGCUGCGUGCGUCGUGACGCGGCUCGCGGCGCGGAGGGCGUUUCAGGAGAAGAAACGGAGCGUCCUGACGACGGACGUCAUCCCGCACUUGGGGGGGGUCAUGCAGACGCUGUUUCCGGUGUAG